GGAUCCCAUAAAACAACUUAAGGGCGGAGAAAAUGACUUCGAAGCACCGUGAACUAUAGCUUUAUUUUUUUCAGUAAAGUCGUAGUCUUUGUGUGAAAUGUUUUUCCAGAGAAGAAGAGCUGAGCCUGAGAGACUGCUUUCCUCUCGGGAAAUAAUUAUGGUUUGGAUCGCCAAAGACGAAUUGAGCUUGUUGUUUACCCAGGGUAACAAUGACGGUACAAGCGAUAGUCUAAACUAGAAAGAGGGGAAUUUCUCACGUACACACAACUAUGAUGCGUAGGAAUUCGAACUUGGGACCUCUUAUCUCAACAUCAAAGAGGUUUUGAAGUUGAGAUUCGGAGGAAAUUAGUGAAGUAGAAGAGAAACCAAAUGGAGAAAGCUUGUGAGUUGUGCUUGGAGCUAAGGCCAGUUGUAUACUGCAAAGCUGAUUCAGCACAUCUGUGCCUUCCCUGCGAUGCAAAGGUUCAUUCUGCUAACCCAAUUGUUGGCUGCCAUCACCGAACCAUUCUAUGUGAUUCGUGCAAAUACCGGUCCGUGGAUAUCGAGUGUUUGGAUCACCUGAUGUUUAUGUGCCGUGUAUGUGACGCGAGCCUGCACAGGAAGUGCUCUCCCCAUGGCCAGCAUCGGAAACGGACGUUGGCCAGCAGUUUCACAGGUUGCCCAUCUGCCAAGGACUUUGCAGCAUUUUGGGGUUUCAAAUUGGAUGAAUCCGAUGGAGUGGGAUCAAACAGUCAAAGAUUUAAGAAGAUAUCUCGUGGUAAUGGUCAUGGAGGUCACUAUCAGAAAAGAAGUACUGGCAAUAGUUUUAUUCUGGACCAGAUUCUUGACUUGAAAAGGCUUCAGCUGAGUCAAGAUCAACCAAAUCAAGAGAACCCUUCAAGGAGUUUGGAACAUAGUCUUAAUCAUCAUCGUUUACAACAUUCCCAGGAUGAUCUCGGCCGUACUGGAUCUCAGCAAAGGGACAGCUGUCUACCUGUUCAGGGUCUGAUGGUCAAAUUUGAUCCUUUGCCCCUUCCAUUUCCUGAACAGCUGGAGCAAUAUUUUCCAUCAUCUUCAAGCACUGCAGGAUUUCCAUUGCAUACAGAAUCAUUUUGGCAGGGUAGAAGCACGGUGCAGAACAGUCGGCUGUGGUCUCAAAAUAUGCAAGACCUUGGGGUUUGUGAAGAACAAGCUUAUGAUCAUCACGAUCCCAAUACACCUGAUGUCGAUUCGACAUUCCGAAACUUCGAGGAAUCAUUUGGAGGUGAUCAGCAAGAUGUGCCAUACUCCUUCAUGGAGAAGAAGGGCCAUGCAAGAACAGCCAAGAGAUAAACUUACGAAGGCAAUCUCAGCAGUUCUUGAAAGUGCUAUAUAGAGCUCCAGCAAGUUUGUCGUUAUUUUAAUCAUGAGUGUUUUAUUAUUAUUAGUAUUCUUUUAUACUAUACUAUUAUGUUUCGUGUACAUAACCUCACAGAUAAACAAUGUUAUCUACCUGUGUUAAUUACACAUAAAUAAAUAAUGUUUUUUUCUUAAUG